AUGAGCCUCCGAGAGAAAGCAAAGACGCCAGCUGAAGUGGUGAAGCCUUUAGAGUUGCCCAGUAUCCUGUGCAGACUAGCUGGGAGCUGCCCAGAGUAUCUGCGAUCAUCUAAGAGCAAUGGGAAGAAGUCGGAGAUGGGUAUGAUGAAGGCAGCAGUUGAGGAAAUACUGGGAGAUGUGGAGACCAGUUGUAUCGACUGGACGAGAGUGGAGGAGCUACAACAGAGGUUCUCGAAAGGCUCCAAGUCCCCUCAGCUGGAAUAUUGUAUUCAGGAGCCAAUCGCCCUUAACAACGGUGUUAAAGUGCACAUCUUGGGUGUUGUACAUUCCUCGGAAGCCUCCGCUUUGAACCUGCAGAAGGCCAUCGAGCAACUGUGUGUGAAAUGUGUAGCCUUGGAGAGUGACCUGGCCCGUACCGAGGCCCGGAGGAAGUUUCAACUGCCUCUGCUGGAGAAAUUCAAGGGGAGCUGGGCUGAGCUGACCGACUUGAAGGAUCAAGGAGGACAAGGCUCCACCUUCGAUGAGCUGGUCAACGCUCGCCUUGUGAAUGUGUCCGGCAAUGCGGAAACGGCACAGUUCUUAGCGGCUUGUGGCUCGGUUGGUGGGAUGCCUGAGCUCACUGCAAUAUACGAGACAAAACGAAGAGGGUUGCCGCUGCACUCAAUUGAUAUGUUGGAGACGCUCAAGCUCAUACAGAAUAGGGAAUUGGAGAUGGCGAAGGAUACGGUACGGAGGAUCGGGGAUCUGCCUGAAAGCUUGCUGAAGAUGGUAUCAGAUGAAGAGACUGUGUUCGAUACUUACCUGAGGUUGGUCUACGGCCAGGAGGCUGUCUCAGAAUAUGGCGUAGACCAGUUGGACUCUACAGUGGCUUACAGGUUGGCUUUUACUCGUGAUUGGUACGAGCUCAUCACCAUGCCCCAGAUUGGCUGA